UUUUUUUCAUUCCAGUUCUCUAAAAAUGUCAUACUAUACGACUCCAAUUUACACUGAACAAUGCCGAUGUGUUCAGUUUAGUAAAUUUGUAACACUUGCUGGGUCGACAGCAUUUGCUUCUAUAGCUUUAUAUGUAAACGCCGUUGAACAUCCGGCUUUGCAAACUUUGGAUGAUUCGAGUGCUUUACAACAUUGGAAAGCAAUGUAUUCUCGCUUCACUUGCACUUUUUACUAGCUUUGUUGGGACUGGAAUGACUUAUCGUACUGGAGACAAAAUUUGGCUACUUGGAGCUAGUUUAAUGUUUCUUAAUUUGCCAUAUACGUUCAUCUUCAUUAUGCCAAUCAAUAAAAAACUUAAUGCAACUGACAAUGAAAAAGCUGGACCUGGAACACGUACUUUAAUAUCCAAAUGGAAUUCUCGUCAUGCUAUUCGCUCCAUUUUUGGUGUAGCAGCUGCUGGAGUGUUUAUGUAUGCAUUGAUGAAGUGA